GGUUUUGUAAUUUUUCAUAUUUUGUUUUCGGUGAUUUGAUCCGGUUUGUGAGUAUUUUGAAAAAUAAUUGAAAAAAAUGGGAGAACUCACUGUUACAAACUUAUUUGAGUCUCAAACGAUUGUCGCUGACCACAAGGAUCUUAUUCACGAUGUUGCAUAUGAUUUUUAUGGCGAACGGAUGGCUACUUGUUCUAGUGACCAAUACGUUAAGGUUUGGGACUCUGAUGGGAAAGGUGGAUGGCGGCUUACUGGCAGUUGGAAGGCACACCAUGGUUCUGUGUGGAAAGUGACAUGGGCACAUCCCGAGUUUGGCCAAGUUCUAGCAACAUGCUCGUUUGAUCGCACAGCAGCUAUUUGGGAGGAAGUUGGGGACACAAAUGCAACAGGUUCUGAAAAAGGUUUACGCACAUGGGUAAAAAGAUCUAAUCUCGUAGACUCAAGGACCUCAGUCACAGAUGUCAAAUUUGGGCCCAAACACUUAGGAUUACUUUUAGUCACAUGUUCUGCUGAUGGUAUAAUAAGGAUAUAUGAAGCACCUGAUGUGAUGAACCUGGCGCAGUGGACGCUGCAGCAUGAGAUACCUAUUAAAGUGUCAAUCAGUUGUUUAUCGUGGAAUCCAUCAUUAUCAAAAGUGAACCCCCCAAUGCUUGCAGUGGGCAGCGACGAGCCGAACACGACCAACGCGGUCGCCAGCGUGCAAACGGACAAGACCACCUCGUGCAACGGGAAAGUCUUCAUUUAUGAGUACAGCGACGCGUCGCGGCGGUGGACUCGAACCGACUGCCUGUCGUCAGUGCAGGAGCCCGUCAACGAUAUAGCGUUCGCGCCCAACCUCGGCCGCUCAUUCCACCUGCUCGCAGUCGCAACCAAAGAUGUCAGAAUCAUUAAAAUUGAACCGCUGCCCGAGUCAUCGAACAGCAACGGGUCCAGCGCGCGGUUCAAGACGGAGGUGAUGGCGGCGUUCGAGGAGCACUACUCGUGCGUGUGGCGCGUCUCGUGGAACGUCACCGGCUCCCUGCUCGCCUCCUCCGGCGACGACUGCUGCGUCAGGCUGUGGAAGAUGCAAUACCUCAACCAGUGGAAGUGCGUAGCAGUAUUCAAGAACGAGACGUUAGCGGGAGACUCGCCCGCGCAACCGCGGCCGCAUACCACCUACAUGCGGAUGGCGACUAUGGCCAACCCGUCACAUAUGCCUUUUCACUGAUCACAACAGACCUCUACUGAUCACAAAAGAUCUUUACUGAUCACAAAAGACCUUUACUGAUCACAAAUGGCCUCUACUGAUCACAAAAGACCUUUACUAAUCACAAAUGGUCUCUAGUGAUCACAAAAGACCUUUAUUAAUCACAAAUGGUCUCUAGUGAUCAGAAAAGACCAAAAUGAUCACAAAUGGCCCCUACUGAUCACAAAUGGCCUUUUUUAUCACAAAUAGUCUUUUUGAUCACAAAAGAACUGUACUGAUCAUAAAAGACCUUUACUCACAUCACAUUAAACUGACUAACUACUACUGAUUAAAAAUGGCCUCUUCUGAUUUCUUCUGAGCCUAGUCUUAUUGAUCAUCACUGAUCACUACUGCUCACCAUUGGCCACUACUGAUCGCGACUGAUCACCGCCACAGCCCGCCUUCCAUUGUAUAGUAAGUCGCAUUUAUGUACAAUUAUGUUUGAAUAUCAAUAAAAUGUUUAUUUUA